UUCCCAGGCUGUAGUGUUGAUGUUUUCAAGCUGCGGCUGCUUCUGGGGUAGGAGGGCGAGUCGUCGGCGGAAAGAUGGUGUGCGAAAAAUGUGAAAAGAAACUUGGCACGGUUAUCACUCCGGAUACAUGGAAGGAUGGUACAAGAAAUACCACAGAAAGUGGUGGGAGAAAGCUGAAUGAAAAUAAAGCUUUGACUUCAAAAAAAGCAAGGUUUGAUCCUUAUGGAAAGAAUAAAUUCUCCACUUGCAGAAUUUGUAAAAGUUCUGUGCACCAACCAGGUUCUCAUUACUGCCAGGGCUGUGCCUACAAAAAGGGCAUCUGUGCCAUGUGUGGAAAAAAGGUUUUGGAUACCAAAAACUACAAGCAAACGUCUGUCUAGCUAUAUUGAUGAGGUUUCUGGCUUUCUCUGUAAUUUUGCUUUCUCAUUUGAAUUUUCAAGGGAUGACAUAGAUGUUCAACUUAUAAAAUAACAUGUUUUAAGAGAAGUAAUUUACUUUACACUGAGAAUGUUGAUUGAUAUUCAGUCCUUAACUCUCAAGAAGUUCUGAACAGCAGCCUGAGUGCUUAUUUCCCUCGGGAACAUUGUUUUGAACUAGAGUCAGCGGCAAAGUUAAUGUUAGCAGACCUCCCGGUUCUGUGUGCUCUGCUUAUUUAACAUUCUUCAUGUAAUUCUUAUCCCUUCCCUCUAUUCAUAGAUGUUGCAAAACUGGAGCUGGAGCUUAAUACUUCACUCUGAACUUGACAUCUAGACUUUUAACUCUUUCCUCAUUCCCUUAUUGUAUAGUUCUUGAAGUCAGCAGCCAUUUAAUUAAUUGCAGUUUCAUAGAAUAUUUAAAUGCUUGAGGCCAUUUAUUUCUGAGUGCUUCCUUGGUAAUUUAGUUCUGAACCACAUCAGACAAGUUGGAUGUGGGGCUUUUUCAAAAAUUGGUUCUUAAAGCCAGAGUUCCAGCACCUUCUGUACAUGAACAAGAAAAGAAGGAACACCCACAUGUCCCUCUGAAUAUGCACAUACUAGAUUUUGGAAAAA